UUAUGUGCUAACGCACGUUAGCGAGAGGUUUAGUCUGCGUGUCGUUGUUCUUCCAACCUUCGAAGUGUGAGUAUGCAAGGGGUUUUCUAGUCAUUUUUCGGAAGAAAUGUGGCAAGUGUGGUUGUUAUUACCACUUGUUGGCAGAGUGACGUCACUGGCCGUUCAGAAUGAGACCUGUGCUUCGUAUCCUGAUGGACUGGAGUGCAAUAGGUCGCCUGCCAACUGUGUGAAAUGCCAAUACAACACCAGCUGUAUGGUCGGAGAACAAACAACGUCACUGUGCUCUCCGCUGCCGGACGUCGACUGCAUUGGCAAUAGAACAUGGCAUCAACCCCACAUCUGUGCAUACUGCUUUCAGCUUCCUAUAAACGACUAUACCUGCAUCAAGAGCACGAAUUGCACUGUUGCCAGAAGCCCAUCAAACACCUAUACAGCAGACUGUACUGUAAAGUCAACUGUCUAUUGUUUGGGCAGCCGAAAAUUCAAGAAGAAAUUGAAAUGUGAUUGGACAUCAGGGCAUCGAUGGUCGACAGCCAUGCUCUUGAGUAUCACACUAGGAGGGUUUGGGGUGGACCGAUUUUAUCUUGGCUACUGGCAGAGCGCAUUGGGAAAACUGUUUAGUUUUGGUGGUGCAGGAGUCUGGACUAUAGUUGAUGUUCUACUUAUUGCAGUUGGUUACCUUACACCAGCAGAUGGUUCUUUGUACAUUUUCUAAAUUUUUAACUGGAAGCAGUGAUACCGUGUAUGGAUGAUGUAAUUGGUUGUCAUGGCAAUUAGGAACACAAAAAAUGCAUUGUUGAGUUUCACUACAACAUGCAAUGCA